AACCCAGCCAAAGCCCAAACACAAACAGCCCCACCACCCCCCGGCCACCGCGCCCCCGUCCGUCGCUCGCUGGCUUCCAACGCACGCAGCAUCCGAAUCCGCACACGAUCCCCGCGCCACUUGUCCGCGGGGGCAUCCCCGUCCCGUCCCGCCGGCCAAUGCCCGCCUCCCGGUGAGAUGGCGCCGCCGCACGGCGGUGCUCCUCCCACCCUCUCGGAUUCCCCCCACUUCAUUUAUUAUUCUCCCCCCACAACGCCAACGCUCCGUCGUCGUCAUCCGCAACCGCGCCCCUCGCCUAUUUAAGGCGCCCCCAGCCAGCCGAUAUGCUCUGCAGGAGGCCGCUCGCCGCUGCCGCCGCGCUCCACCUCGCGCCCCUCUCGCCUCCCCUCCUCCUCUUCUUCGCGUCGUCGUCAUCGUCCGCCUCCUGCUCCCCCGCCGCCGCCGCAGCAGCAGCAACUCCCGCUUCGGGUCAUAGAGGCUGCAGUGCUGUAAGGAUGGAUACCGGUGCGGUGGAACCAGCAUCAACGGGGACGAUAUGGUCAACACCGUCAGUGGAGCCGAGAAGCAUUUCCAUUGGGAAGCAGAUAUUCUGCAAUAGAUCACUAAACAUGAGGAACAUCACCGCAGUGGGAUUUGAUAUGGACUACACUCUUGCACAGUAUAAGCCCGAGACGUUCGAGUCCCUUGCUUACCAUGGCACGAUUGAGAAGCUUGUCAAGGAUCUCAACUACCCUCAAGAGCUGUUAACAUGGCAGUUUGACUGGAAAUAUAUGGUCAGAGGACUAGUUCUUGAUAAGAAGAGAGGAAAUAUCUUGAAGAUGGAUCGGCACAAGUAUGUAAAAGUUGCAUACCAUGGAUUCAGGGAGAUGUCAAAGGAAGAAAAAGUUGCUGCUUACGGGAAUACAUUGAUUAGGGAUUCCUUUGAUGAACCUGAUUAUGCCCUUAUAGAUACGCUUUUCUCACUAGGUGAAGCCUAUCUAUUUGCUCAACUUGUGGAUUUCAUGGACAACAAUCCUGGAAAAGUUCCUUCAGGCAUCGAUUAUGCGCUGAUGUAUAAAGACGUGAGGUCUGCGGUUGACCUGUGUCAUCGUGAUGGAACUUUAAAACGAAUGGUUGCAAUGGAACCUGGAAGGUAUAUCAAUGAGGACUUGGCAAUUGUACCAAUGCUUGAAAUGCUUAGAAAAUCUGGACGCUCAACAUUCUUGGUGACAAAUAGUCUGUGGGACUACACUGAUGUUGUCAUGAACUACCUAUGUGGGCCAUAUAUAUCGGAUGUAAGCUCAAAUCACAACCGCAAGUGGCUCGAGUAUUUUGAUGUUGUUAUAACAGGCAGUUCAAAGCCAAGUUUUUUUCAUGAUGAUAAUCGAACAGGACUGUUUGAAGUUGAGCCUGAUUCUGGAAAACUUCUAAAUGCUGAUCUUCAGAUUGGAAGCCCAAGAUCAAGUCAACAUCAGUCAAAACCAAUUCACAAAGUUUACCAGGGAGGCAAUGUGGGCCAUCUCCAUAGACUACUUUCUGUUGCUUCUAGUUCGCAGAUCCUCUAUGUUGGCGAUCACAUAUACGGAGACAUACUGCGUAGCAAGAAAGUCCUCGGUUGGCGGACUAUGCUGGUAAUACCUGAGCUGGAGCAAGAGGUGAAGCUUCUUUCAGAAUCAAAAUCUACUCGAAAGGAGCUUAGACACCUUAGGAUGGAGCGUGAUUCAAUUGAAGACACAAUCCAUCGCCUUGAAUGGUCUCUUCAAUUUGAAGAUCUUACAGAGAAUAGAAAGGAGAAGUUGUUCUCUGAGCAUGACAUUCUACUGCAAAAGCUGAAGGGUAUCCGAUGCGUUCUCCGAGAUGCUCAGCUGCAGCAUCAUCAGAAGUUUCACAAGGUGUGGGGCCAGCUUAUGAAGACUGGGUACCAAAAUUCUCGGUUUGCCCAUCAGGUUGAGAGAUUUGCGUGCCUAUACUGCAGCCAAGUUACAAACUUCGGUUUGUAUUCUCCCAACAAGUAUUACCGCCCGAGCGAAGAUUAUAUGCCCCAUGAGUUUGAUGUGCUAGGCCUGUAGCUACAAGUUUAUUCUCAUGUUGAAUUGAAGUUCCCCUUGGGAGACUCGGCUGCAGCAAGAUUUGAGCAUGAAAUUAUGAUUCACUGAAUAACAAUCUAGUUUCAUAUAUUACCACCUUAAACAAGGGAUUAGGUUUUUCUGGUGAAGCUCCGUUCACCCACUGUACAUGUUUAUCUGAAGUAAUUAUAGCUGUUUAUAGAAAAUUCACAUGUUUAUCCUUUUGUACAUGCCAUAUCAUUAACAGAGAGCGAUUGAAAGAAAAGUUGAGGGCUGAUCAUGUCCUAGCCUUGAAGCAA